AUUAAAAAGAUGAAAUUGUUUAUAUUACUAUUGAGUUUUUGCUGUUUGGCUGCAGCCUUACAGGAGGCGCAAAUAAAGGAGCAGUGGUUAAGAUUCAAAAGCAAAUAUGGCAAAAAGUAUCGUAACGCUUUGGAGGAUAGCCAACGUUUUGUGAAGUUUAAGAAAAAUCUACUUAAAAUAAAGCAACACAACCAGCGUUAUGAGCAGGGCUUGGAAAGCUAUGAAAUGUCCCUGAAUCCUUUUACCGAUAUGGAUAUGAAAGAAGUGCAACAGACAUAUAUGGGAUUUAAAAUGCCGGAAAAUUCUCAAGAAUUAUUGCAAAAUGCUACUUUCUACCAACCUCCCUUAAAACAACGUUUUGGUUUACCUACUCAUGUGGAUUGGCGUGAUCGCGGUGCUAUAACUCCCGUCAAAGAUCAAAAGGCCUGUGGUUCCUGUUGGGCUUUUGCCAGUGUGGCGGCAUUGGAGGCUCAUUAUUAUAUAAAACACAAGGAGAAUAUUUUGCUAAGUGAACAAAACUUAGUGGAUUGUGUUACGGAGAAUUGGGGUUGUGAUGGUGGUUGGAUGAUACCCAGUUUUCAAUAUGUAACAAUAAAUAAUGGCAUUAAUCCAGAAUCAGUUUAUCCCUAUGAAGCCGUUGAUGGUGUCUGCCGUCACCAGUACAAUAAGGGUCCUAUAAAUAAGGCAUAUGUUGCUAUAAGUCCCGAUAAUGAAGAACACUUACAACUUGCUGUAGCUCUAAAUGGACCUGUUGCCGUAGCCAUUCAGGCAAAUAAUAAUUUUAUGAAUUAUAAAAGUGGUGUUUUCGACGAUCCCGAUUGUAGUAAAAUCGCUAAUCAUGCAGUUUUGGUGGUGGGUUAUGGCACAGAAAAUGGCAAGGAUUAUUGGUUGAUUAAGAAUUCAUGGAGUUCAUAUUGGGGUGACAAUGGUUAUAUUAAAAUGGCUCGUAAUAAGAAUAAUCAGUGUGCAAUUGCUAGGUAUGCUUCGUAUCCAGUUGUUAUUUUCAAAAGAAAAAUGCAGUUAAAAUUAUUAAUUUUAUUAUUAUUAAGUGUUUACUGCCUUGAGGCGACUUUAUUGGAAUCGUUUGUACAAAAACACUGGUCCGAUUUUAAACAUAAUUAUGGUAAAAAAUAUCGUAGCCGAGGGGAAAAUAAUAAAAGUUUUCAAAACUUUAAAAGAAAUUUGCAAAUAAUAAGUGAACAUAAUGAACGUUUUGUUCAAGGUUUAGAAACCUACAAAAUGUCAAUUAAUCCAUUUACCGAUAAGGAUUUACAAGAAAUGGAAACUUCCUAUAUGGGUCUUAAAAUAAGUGAAAGUUUUCGAUUAUUUAGUAAUAAACAAAUGUUUCUUAAUACGCCCCAAUACUCCGCCUCCAACAAUAAGAAAAAGAUACCACCUUUAGCUAAGGAUUGGCGUGAUGAGGGAGCCAUUAGCGCCGUCAAGGAUCAAGAGGCUUGUGGUUCUUGUUGGGCUUUUUCCAGUACUGGUGCCUUAGAGGCUAAAUAUUUCUUGAAAUACAAUAAAUCUAUAGUGCUAAGUGAACAAAAUCUAAUCGAUUGUGUUACAGAAAAUUGGGGCUGUGAAGGUGGUUGGAUGAUUCCCUGUUUUGAUUAUGUUCAUUAUAAUGAAGGCAUUAAUCCUGAAACACAAUAUCCUUAUGAAGCCAACAAUGGUGAAUGUCGAUUUAAUUCCAAUUUUAUAGCUGCUACUUGUACAGGCUAUCAGACUAUACGUCAAAAUGAUGAACAGCAUUUGUUGGAGGCUGUGGCCUCGGAGGGACCUGUUUCAGUUGCCAUUGCUGUUAACAGUAAAUUUAUGUUUUAUGAUGGUGGUAUUUAUGAUGAUGUCGACUGUUCACAAUUGGUUAAUCAUGCAGUUUUAGUAGUGGGUUAUGGUACCGAAAAUGGCCAAGACUAUUGGUUGGUAAAAAAUUCCUGGAGCUCACAAUGGGGUGAUGGGGGUUAUAUUAAAAUGGCGCGUAAUAAGAAUAACCAAUGUGCUAUAGCUAAAUAUGCCUCAUAUCCGGUGGUAUAAGAAUAUAUAUGUAAAUCAAAUAAAUAAAUUGUAUCAUAAAAGUCCUUUAUGGUUUUAUUUUGAAAAUAAACUAUAAUUUAGAUAUGAUUAAGUCUGAACAGUCUAUAGUCUACC